GUUUCAGAGAGGACGACUACAUGGGGGGGCGGAGUCGAGGUACCGGCAGUCGUCCUGGCGACAGACGGGGGGGAGGAAGCGGAGGAGGAGGAGGAGCAGUGGGUCGCUUUAGAGAUGGACCGUCCCGCGGAGGAACGACAGACUUCAGGGAACCUUCUGAAGCACUGACCCGUUUAAAGCAGCCGCCGCAGCCCCGCCCCCGACCGGACGGCGGCGCUAACACGUCGUGUCGCCAUCACAGAAGAAGACAUUUGAAGGGUUUUUGUUUCGGUGUCCUUUGAUUGUUUCAGCCUGGAUCCGACGCCGACUUUCACCAACCAUUUGUUAUUAAAUGAUCUGAAAAGUCCAAAAAUCUUCUUGUCCAAUAAAGCUGGAACUUUGGUUUGUAGCUCAAACUGUAGCGUGUGCUUCUUUGGUUCUGGUUCUGGAGCCUGAACCCUGUCCAGGUGUUUAGGUCUGUGUGGAUCAGGAUCAGGUCUGUGGUGGCUCAGGUGAGCAGCGUUUGUUUACCGGGACGUUAAACUUUUUCUAAACCUUGUUUUGUUCAUUUGUUGCCCCACUCUGUUUAUUAUUGCAAUAAAACUGUGUCGUCAUCAUCAAACACCAA